AUGAUCGUUUUCGGACGACUCCUGCAGCUCGUUACCUUCUUACUACCUGCAAUUGUUGACAGCUUUUAUUCAGAUGAUCGGAGGAUGUUGUUCACCCAUUACAUGGCACGUCAUCAGCCGUGCAGCGCAAAUUGCGACGAACGAAUAUUUCCACAUUGUACGCAGAGUUGCAAAUGUGACUAUGAUUAUCCCAGGGUCCAGAGAUUCUGCAACCCUCCACCACUUCCAUUAUUCCUGAAUACCUGCAGACUUUGGUAUAACCAAUGCCCGAAAUAUGAGCGCUACCACUAUGCAUCCCAAUAUAUCUAUUCGAAAGCCGAAAAAGGAAAAGUGCUGCGUAUG